GAUUAAAGAUUGUACAGUAGUAGGCAAUCUAGUGUAUAGUACGAUCGUCUACCGUUUCAUGUAUAAAAGGGAUACCGUACAGUGUAACCAUUCAUUUGCUUUGUUACGAUCCAAGUAAUCCGUAUGUUUUCUAUAUGGCUGGAGAAGGUGAUCCAGCGAUUGUUGCAACAGAUGUCGACAAGAUCCAUUACAGAUAUUUCAAUUUCUUGUUGAAAGAAAGGUGCUAUUCCACAUACGAUGAUGAUACCAGAUGUAUUGAAGCAAUCCCGUUAUCUGAAUCCGAGAAAUCAAUUCUGACAGACGUAUUGUUGCAUUUCAACCAACGUUUAUACAGACAACUAAAGGUAGAAUGUAGUCCAGAUAUGCUGAAACCCUUCCUAAGCGGUAAAGAAAUUAAACAAACAUUCCGCUUUGCAGUGCCCGUAAUUGAGGAACAAUGUAUUGAUCAUUCCAAAAUUAUUGUAUUUGCUUCAAAUCAAGAAGAUCUGGAGACAUUAAAUAAAGCUUUGGAUGAUUUCUUGUUAGAACAGGAUCUCCCGGUAUCACACAAAUUUGUUUCAAUUAAAAAAGAACCCAUUCUCGACACGGAGUUGUUGGCAACGUUCUGUUUAUCACAGUCACGCAAUGUGUUCGUAUGCGCCGGAGAUAUCAUACAAUUCGACGACGACAAUGUUGGACUUGUCAAUGCCGUCAUACUGCUGAAAUCAGGCAAGCUAGCAGGAAAAGGAAACGUGUUUUACCGAUUGAGGGCGAAAGGUGGCAUCGGCUACUAUGCAGCUCUGGACCGUGUUAUACAGCCUCCUGCACCAACAUGCGUAGUAACUACUGGUGGAUCUUUGCAUGCUAAAAUACUUCACCCAACUCGGCCAAUAAGUGAAAGGAAAACGCGACAGAGCAACAUCGUUUCCAACAUUUUCGACUGUCUUAUGACAGCACAAGAGGAGAACAUCGAACGGCUUAUAUUUCCGUUUGUUUACUCAGGCGCCGGUGGGGUAGACAUUAAAGAUUGCGCAAGACUGUACGCGUCUGCAAUAACAGAAUUCAUCAGGCUGGUCCCAAAUCGUUUCACGAACCCGAGAGACAUUUAUUUCGUUGAGAUAGACAAAGAUAAAGCUAUGAAACUUGUUCUGGAAUUGAAGGCAUUACUUCCAAUCAGACUUACCCAGUUAAUGAUGUUUCCAUCAACGGAUGCUGCUUUGAAAGGUGAAGAUCCUAACCAUGGGGAUUGUACUUUUGGAAAUACAUUUAUCAAAUAUACAACUGGCGACAUUCGCGAAGCAAAUGUUGAUGCCAUUGUGUGUCCCGAGUACCGGAAUUCAGACUUUGGAGGAAUUGUUUCCAACAGUAUCAAGUUUGCUUUUCGAAUUAACUACGCCGAUAUCAAUGGGCAGUUGCAAACCGGUAAUAUUGGCAUUUCACGAUGCUUUUGGCAUCCAGAACGUAAACGCGAAAUAAUUAUCAUGCACGCAGCGGCCUAUACAUGGAACACUAGAGAAGAGGAGAUGAAUAAAAGGUAUUUCAAACAGACCAUGGACGCGAUAUUUGGAAAACUGAGGAACAGUCGGAAAAUGAAACACAUUGAGACAAUCGCCAUUCCACUGAUAGGCAUAACCGAUGCAGACGAUGUUGUUGUGGGCAAGAAGGCAUGCAAAGUAUUUACAGACACCCUCCGCGUGUGUUGCUUGGAGAGGACUAAGCAGUCUCCUCUGACGAUCCAUCUGAUAAAUCCCUGCCCUCGGAUUACAGCUUGGCUGAAUGAGCUAUUACAUCUCCCGUAACUAUUGAUUGAGACCGUAAAGUGAUCCUAUAGUAUGUUUCAACUACGCAAGGUGUUUUGUAUUUAGGAUUGUCAAUAUCUCUCAUUACUUGCAUGAUGGCGUCUUUCUAUAAAGAGACAUUUAUGGUUAGUGCUCCUACAGCGGGUAUACAAAUACCCCAGGUGUAAAUAAUUACCCAACGUAAAAUUGCAAUCAUCCAGAUACACGUGCAUUUUAUUAAGCUUAUCUUUAAUGAAUAUUAAUUCUUUUCUUUGUUGUUGAUUCAAAUGUACAUAUACUCCAUUUGAUAUGGUGUCAUGCACAAUUAAUCGGAUAGUAUGGCAUGGUUUAUCUGGAACAAAAAGUUCUAUGGUUUCGGAUUAUUGGAUACUUCUAAUGUGAGUUUCACCAUUGUUCCUAGUAGCAGUAAAAUAAAUCACUCUCAAACUUACACAUAAAAUAGUCCUGGUGUUCAUUUUAACAAUACAUUUAGUACUAUCGGAUUCGUAUAUAGUCAUCAGUAGAAGAGGUACUUCUUAAUUUGAUGUGAUGAUUUUUCUUAUUGUGAUGACACGGAAAUUUCACCUCGUUUAUAUGUGACUUGUACAACAGUUGUAUGUGCACUAUGCAGUUGAUGAAAGACUAGUUUAUGUACCUUUACAUAUUUUCAUUGUUCUAGUAUAAGAGACUUUUAAAAGUAGCUAUAUCGUAUUGUUGUAUAUGAAUGCUGUUGCAUUUAUAUAUGCUCAUGUAAUGUUUGGAAUGAAAUUUAAAUAAUGUUUACAUGGAUGCAUUAUAUUAUUGGAUGAAUUUUAUUCAAUUUAAUUAUAACUAUAUUUUAUUUUACUGCUCCCACUUUUACUUUAAAUACCAUUUUGGGGAUACCAUUUUACCAAAUUUUUAUAUGUCGUAUAGCAGAUGGAACAGUAUUUAAAGUAUGCUUCAACGUGUUAUGAUUGCUCCAAUAAUUAAAUAUUGUGGGGAAAUCAAAGUUAAUUUUAAAAUUAAAUACAUACAUGUGAAGAAUAAUGAACGAAUUUACUACGUUAAAACAAACAGAAGUAAAUGACAGACACACAAACAAAAAGAGCCCUUGUCCCGUUAUCAGGCUGCUCGUAGUUUUUUGGGAAGUCAUGGCUGUUGCGGUUCUUGGCUUAAAUGUUAAAAUCAGUAAAACAAUACAUAUGAUGUAAACCAAUAUAUUGAUAAUUUACCUGUAAUUUUCAUUGUACAUUCAAAACAAAUAAAAAUAUGGAUAUAAAAUAAACAAUGUUUCAGAUA